UCUAUAUUAAUGAUAAUGCAAACAUAAUUCAAUGAAUCAAAUUGACUAACGCUUCAUUCUAAACUCAGUCUCAGUUAACUCAUAGAAGGAUAUGGUCAGCAUACCAUUAUGAGCAUUUUGAUAAGACCUAUCCCUUUGUUAUUGUUGAUGAAAUUAAUCAAUUCAAGUAUAAUUGAUAAUGAAGUUGCGGGCUGUGAUAGUAUCCUGUCGGAGUUUACAAAGUACGAGAUUGCUUCUUAUCAGCCGGUAGUGAAUCGACUCAUCAGGGAAAUAGUGAAUGGUCAAUUCAAGAAUAGCACAUACAAUGAACUAGCGUCCUUUGUUGACGAAUUUGGAAAUAGGUUAGCUGGUACACAAAAUUUGGAGAAUGCAAUCGACUAUAUGUUGGAGAGGUCUAAGGGAAAGGACCUAGAGAACGUACACGGUGAAGAUGCACCUGUACAAACUUGGAUAAGAGGCAAGGAAUCAGCAACGCUCUUGUUUCCCAGGAGACAGAAUUUACCAAUUUUGGGUUUGGGAAAUAGCAUCGGAACUAGCCCAGAUGGCAUAACUGCGGAAGUGCUUACUGUCCAAAGCUUUGAUGAGUUGGAGUCUAGAAGCUCUGAGGCAAAAGGUAGAAUAGUUCUUUUCGCACCAGAGUACAUCUCUUAUGGCAAAACAGUUGUUUAUCGUUCGAAGGCAGCAUCAGAAGCAUCUAAACAUGGAGCAGUUGCUGCUCUCAUUCGUUCAAUCACUCCUUUCUCUAUACUUUCACCGCACACUGGGAUGCAGAGUUACGAAGCGAAUGUCACCAAGAUUCCUGUUGCCGCUUUGGCAGUUGAGGAUGCCCAUCUUAUCCAGAGAAUACAAGGGAGAGGACAGAGGGUCGUUGUCAAUUUGAAAAUGGAGGCCCACUUCGGAGAUAUCAAGACAUCCAGAAAUACAAUUGCUGAAAUCCGUGGGUCAGAACAUCCUGAAAAGGUUGUUAUAAUUUCUGGUCAUUUGGACAGCUGGGACGUUGGACAGGGUGCCAUGGACGAUGGAGGUGGUGCCUUCAUUUCUUGGAAUGCUCUGGUGAUUUUGAAAGCUUUAAAUUUGAGACCAAGACGAACCAUAAGAACAAUUCUAUGGACUGCUGAAGAAUUUGGAUACGUUGGUGCAAAGCAAUAUUACAAAGAUCACAAGAAUGAAACUAAUAACUGGAACUUCAUCAUGGAAUCAGAUGAAGGAACUUUCAAUCCUAUUGGCUUGAACUAUGUCAGUGGUGAUAAAGGAUCCUGCAUUCUCAAGGAAGUUGUUAAGCUUUUCGCACCUCUAAAUGCCACUUCAUCGACCAAAUCUGAUUCAGUCGGAUCCGAUAUCAAUUUGUGGUUGGACGAAGGUAUUCCAGGAGCAGCACUCUUACAGCAGAAUGAAAAAUAUUUCUGGUUCCAUCAUUCUCAAGGAGAUACCAUGGAUGUUGAAGAUCCUUCUAGUUUGGAUAAAAAUGCAGCCUUAUGGGCGGCAACAGCUUAUAUAAUUGCUGAUUUGAAGGAAGAUUUUCCUAGAGAUUAAAAAAGGAAGAUAAUUCGUUAAAAAUAUAUAUUUUUUGUU